UCAACGGAGGAAACGGAAAAGACGAAACACACAAGACGGUUUAUCAUUUCAAAACUCCGGGGCCGUGGAAAGAACAGCAAGUUCCCUUUUUAUUCCCGUACUUGUCCGCUUUUGGCUUCUUUGUUGCCCCACCAGAAAACCGGCCCUCCGGGCCUUUCUUUUCACAGUUUGCGUAUCUUUUCCCCAGCUGUUUGCAGCUGGCAAAAAGCACCCGCCCUGUUCGGGAAAAAAGCGAACGAGAGUGACCGGAGGAGGAGAGAGAGAGAUGCCACCCCAACCUCCCCAGCCGCAGGUGAGGAAGAACAUCCUGAAGUUCCUCGGGAGUUUUUUGGGAAUUAGUCGGAUCCUGCAGAUUGUGUUCGGAGCCUGCCUGUGGGUCACCAUCGCCGCCAACAAAUACGAGGGGUCCAUUCACUUCGUCCUGUUCGUCGCUGUCUUCUUCUGGCUCUUCACCCUCGCCCUUUUCUUCCUCACCCUGCUGGACAAGCAGGACCUCGUGCCUUUGCUGGGAGGGGAGCGCUGGUUGUGCACCAACCUGGCGCACGACGUGGCCGCCGCCGUGCUCUACCUGCCGGCCAUAGGCGUCAUGAUCGACAAGACCAAUCGGAACUCCUUCUGCAACCUCCCGCAGUACAAGCACCCCUGUCUGUACAAAGUCUACCUGACAGCCGCUGUGUUCGCCUGCCUCUGCUGCCUGGCUUACCUCCUGUCCAUUAUUUAUGGGGCGCGCAGAAAGUGUAGAGGAGAGCAGACUGUUAUCUGAGGAGAUCGGGCAUUACGGGUGCUUUAGGGUGGUCACGGCAAGAUGAGGAAUAGUUAACUUCACUGUAAUUUCACUCAACAGUUACUCUAAUCUCUGUUGUCUCCUGUCUCUUAACAGUCCACAGUGGUGGUGGGGACACAGAAUCAGCUACUGUUUUCUCAGUGUGUUUUCAAUGGUUACUAACAUGAAAGGGGCCUGCUGGUAUGGUGGCUAAGUGGCGUGUGUUGUCGCCUUUUUAAGCUCAACAAUAACCUAUUUAGUGAUGAAGGAUCAUUAUCAUAUUAAUGUACGGACUUGAUAUAGUGGCCUAGCAGUAUAUUUAGUGGUAACAGUGAAAUGGCCUUAACAUAGCCUACAUUUUGCAGAUUACUAUUGGUACUGGUUAACAGUCCGUCUUAAACUUUUUUUUAUAGAAUUCCUACAGUUGUUUUCAAAAGGGUUUAUUUUCAUUAACUUUUUUAUAAAGUAUUUUUUUAAUGUGUUUACUUUUUUUUCCUCUUACUCAACAGUUAAUGAAAAGUGGACUGAAACACUCCUACCAGCUCUGUUUGUGUUUUGUGCAGUUUUUUAUUAUUAUUAUUGUUUUUUUAUCAGUGCCUUCUGUCAGAAUGCUGUAUACUCAACAACAAGGUUGCGACAACAACAGCAACUCCACAACACGGAUGUGAUUGGUGCUACAGUGUGUUUGCUGAACAAAACCCUUUAUUACAAGUUUACUGUGUAAAUCCAAAGAGCAACAAAGAGGCUUUAACAAUAAACACUAGUCAGUCAGUGAGCUCUUUCUUUUGUUGUGAUCAUGUAUCGGUGCAUUCAGAUAAGCUGCUUGAGGAUAAUGUUUUCAUUAAAUUUGGAGACAAAACUGGGCAACGAGCACAGCACUGAGCUUUUUGUGGCCUUUUUUCAAAUGAAACACAUAUUUAGAGCUGACUAGCAACAGAACUUCCUAUUGGAAGAUAAAAGGAUUGGCCAAUCAGCAGGGAUCAUUUACACACUGCGCCACAAAACCACACGAAAGACAUAAAUCCUUAGACCUAUGUGUUUCUGGAAGAAAAUGAGUCACUCACGCAGGCACCAGCAAAAUGCAUGCGAUGUAGGAUACACAUAAUGUGUGUGUUGUCUGGGAGUUAUCCUGCUUUGCAAAAAAAUGUGUGUGUGUGUGUUUAGCCUUGUGUGAACAAUAAUCUGGGAAGAGGCUUGGUCUUACCGGAACAGUCUGUUGGGGUUCUGGAGGUGGACUAACAUUCAGCCAAUGAAAAUGAAGCCAAGAAGUUAGAAGAUGAUUUGAUGUCUCAUCUGUUCCAGUCAGCAUACAGUUCCUAAAAACACGCAGCAGACAAGUUGCUUGAACAGCACCUAAAACUGGAUUCUGGUAACUUUUUGGUGACCUUUGCACAGCUAGCAAGAAAGAGGCGUGUUAUUAUGCUGCAUACUUGUUUCUGAUAUGAGGUUUAAAAAAAAAAACAAAAAAAACAGCAGAUUUAUAACACAAACAGACUUUUCCUUUUUUGGUGUGUGCUUUUUUUGCCUUGGAUGCUGGCAGCAGACCAUGAUGAGUUUUUCUUGGAAAGGAGCACGAGGGAUAAAAUGUUUUAUCAUCAAAGCUCCAAAUUUCAGAAUCAAGUGUCAGAACAAAGGCAACAGC